AUGCUCUCCCUAACGCCCCUCCUCCCUCUCCUCCCUCUCCUCUCCCUCACAUUCGCCCACCCCUCAACGGAGCCCCUAAUUUCAAAGACCCUCAUCCUCCCACGCGCCACCCCUAACUAUGGUAGCUGCACAGAGCCCUUCAUUGGGGUCUACGCCCUCGCCAACAAACAAAUCGUCUUCAGGCCCACCAACCAAAACGAAUUCAACCUGCAGCAAGACCCUGAUUUCUUCCUCGUCGCUUCUUACAUUUGCGAAGCCCUCCGUACAGGCUGUAUCGCACCCCCUGAAACCCUCCAAUUAUGCUGGGACUCGUACGGUCGCGCGAGCGAACUGCAUCCAGAUAAGAAUGAUGUCUGGCAGAUGGCGACGUAUGCGACGAAAUUCAACGACGGGCUGAAAGGCCUGGAUCCCGGGAAUGGCGGACCCCCCGGCCCAGACCAUUAUGAAGUUGAGAUCUGGGCAGGGCCGAUGACGGUGAAGAUUAUCCAAGGAGGUGAUAUGCCGGAAGCUGCUGCACUGGUUGACGAAAUCUUCAAAGUCACUGAUUCCGGGGACUUUGAGAAGAAGACGAAGGACUUGCCUGCGAAAUGCAAAAUCAGUACCAAGGGAUAUAAAGAUCUGGCUAACGGCAAGAAACUGUCAGAUGCUAUGAAAAAAGUGUUGUUGGAUUUGUCCGCACCAGAUGGCCUUCAAUCGGUAUUCCAGUAUUCACAGCAGCGGAAAGCGGUGCACUGCAAUGGCUGGUUGGUACCGGGCGGCGGGUGCUGCAACGGGGUCAAAGACGAGAAGACUGGGAAGUGUCAAGAUGGAUUUCAGUACACGACGUUCAAGUACAUUCACCUCCCCAUGACGUUCUCGAUGUACGCGACAAUUCAGCCGAAUAAUAAACGCGGGAAUGGACACAUGGAGUGGACGAUCGAGUGCAGUGAUGCGGGCGAUAUUGUGCAGAAGGAUUGCACUUUUUGUGCGCAGAAUAAUAUUUCGGGGGAUAAGAAGACCCAGGCGCAGAAGACGAUUAGUGAUGCAACUGGUGGGAUUGCGAAUACUAUAGAUGUGAAGUGUGAUUUGCAGAAAUGCAAGAAAUAG